GGGGUCGCUGCAGUCCCCGCGGCUGCCCCGGGCUCCCUCCCUUGGCGCCCCGGCCUGAAUCCAGCCUGGGGAGCGCCUCAGGGGGAGCGCGGGACGGCGAGGGAGGCCGAGCUGGGGCCCUGGGCGCCCAACCUCUCCCACCCUGGGAGGCGGACCCGACUCGGGGAGCCGGAACGCAGGAGAAGGCAAGGACGGGGCGGCCGGCGGAGGGGCGGGCGCCGCUCAUCAGCCACGCCAGUCACGUCUGGGGCCACCCGGCUGCCUUUUUCUUCCUUUCCCCCUUUGCUUUCUCCCCCCUCUCCGGUUGGCGAGGGCAAAGUGGCCGUGGCGGCGCCAUGCCCGGGCCGGAGUGAGUGCGCGCGGGCGAAAAUGGCGUACAUCCAGUUGGAACCUUUAAAUGAGGGUUUUCUUUCUAGAAUCUCCGAUCUGCUGCUCUGCAGAUGGACUUGCCGGCACUGCUGUCAGAAGUGCUAUGAGUCCAGCUGUUGCCAGUCGAGCGAGGAUGAAGUCGAAAUUCUGGGACCUUUCCCUGCCCAGACUCCUCCCUGGCUGUUGGCCAGCCGGAGCAGUGACAAGGACGGGGACUCCGUUCACACAGCCAGUGAAGUCCCGCUGACCCCACGGACCAACUCCCCAGAUCGGAGAUGCUCGUCCUCAGACACAUCUAAGUCCACUUACAGCCUGACCCGGAGGAUUUCAAGUCUGGAGUCCAGACGACCCAGCUCCCCACUCAUCGAUAUUAAACCCAUCGAGUUUGGCGUUCUCAGCGCCAAGAAGGAGCCCAUCCAGCCCUCGGUGCUCAGACGGACCUAUACCCCAGAUGACUAUUUCAGAAAGUUCGAGCCCCACCUGUACUCCCUCGACUCCAACAGCGACGACGUGGAUUUACUGACUGACGCGGAGAUCCUGUCCAAGUACCAGCUGGGCAUGCUGCACUUCAGCACCCAGUACGACCUGCUGCACAACCACCUGACGGUCCGCGUGAUCGAGGCCAGGGACCUGCCGCCCCCCAUCUCCCACGACGGCACGCGACAGGACAUGGCGCACUCGAACCCCUACGUCAAGAUCUGCCUCCUGCCAGACCAGAAGAACUCCAAGCAGACAGGGGUCAAACGUAAGACCCAGAAGCCGGUGUUUGAGGAGCGCUACACCUUCGAGAUCCCCUUCCUGGAGGCGCAGAGGAGGACCCUGCUCCUGACCGUGCUGGACUUUGAUAAGUUCUCACGCCACUGUGUCAUUGGGAAGGUGUCCGUGCCUCUGUGCGAGGUCGACCUGGUGAAGGGUGGACACUGGUGGAAGGCGCUGAUCCCCAGUACUCAGAAUGAGGUAGAACUGGGGGAGCUGCUUCUGUCACUGAAUUAUCUCCCAAGUGCUGGGAGACUGAACGUCGAUGUCAUUCGAGCCAAGCAACUUCUUCAGACGGAUGUGAGCCAAGGUUCAGACCCCUUUGUGAAAAUCCAACUGGUACAUGGACUCAAGCUUGUGAAAACAAAGAAGACAUCCUUCUUGAGAGGCACAAUUGAUCCUUUCUACAAUGAAUCCUUCAGCUUCAAAGUUCCCCAAGAAGAACUGGAAAAUGCCAGCCUCGUGUUUACAGUGUUCGGCCACAACAUGAAGAGCAGCAACGACUUCAUUGGAAGGAUCGUCAUCGGCCAGUACUCGUCCGGCCCCUCCGAAUCCAACCACUGGCGGCGGAUGCUCAACGCACACCGCACGGCCGUGGAGCAGUGGCACAGCCUGCGGUCCCGGGCCGAGUGCGACCGCGUGUCCCCUGCCUCGCUGGAGGUGACCUGAGGGCGCAGGGACCGCAGCUUUCGUUUGUGAAAUAAGGAAGAAAACUUAGGACAAAGAAUAUGCCAUAUACCUGCACAUCCACACCUGCACACACACUCACCACCACACACACACACAUCUCACACACACACACACACACACCCCCACCACCACCACCACCAUCACCACCACCACCUCUCAGGACUGAGAGGAAGCUGACUAUUGAUCACAGACUGGCCGCGCUCCAGGAGGGAGGCCUGAGAACUUUCCAGAAGCCCCGUCCACAUGUCACGAGCUGAGUGGGCUCUGCUGUGAGACUCAUCGGCUGCACUUGCUCUUGUUGGUACCUGCCCCCCCCCAAAAUGCACUUCCAGCCCUCAGGCCAGAGAAGGGCCUCCCCAGGGGGGCCAACUCCACGGAGACGAAGUUUUCCAAGAGUCCGGCCAGAGUUGGGAGGCCCGACCCUCACGCCCAAAACGCACACCCACUGGGUGACUUCUGAACGGGCUGCUAGUCCCUGGGGUUCUUCAGACCUGGUACCUUUCCCCCAAAGUGUAAGUAUUCUGUCUUCUCUUUAGUGGACAUGAUGAAUAGAUUAGACUAUUUGGAGAAACCAAAUGGCAACAAAAAAUAUUCCAGUGUAAGAACCCUCUCCUGGCUUAACUGAAUUCGUCCUUGUGUUAGCUUCUUCCUGGGGACUCCCUGUGGGUAUGUAUGUGAGUGUUCUCAUACGUGCGCCCUCACAAGUGAGCACGGGUGUGCACCUGUGUGUCCCGUUGGAGAGCCAGGCGCUGGGCCAGGACCUCAGUCCUGAGCACCUCUUCUCUCUGCCUCUCCUGUCAGUGAAGUUUCACCCUGUGUCCUCCUAUCUGUCAAGACCCCACCUUCAGUAACAGUAGAGAGUGUGUAUGUCAAGUAAAUAGAAUAUGAUAGAGCAGAAGUAACAUUUUUUGACCGAAUCAUGGUGAUUGUGACACCUGCAAAGAACAGCUACAUGGAGUAAAAUGGCCACCACGCCCACGGCAUCUCCAUCCAAGAUGAUCUCCUUCCUCGUCACACUCUGAGGAUCCCUGUGUUUGUGUGUGAAACAAAGUCAUUUCUCCUGUGCAAAGGAGUUAGUGUAGUUAGAGUAGACUCUCUCUCUCUCUCCCCCUCUCUCUGUUGGCUGCUUCUGUAUCUUUUCCCACAGCAGAUUGUCUGGUAUAAUGGGGAGCUAUUUACUGAAAUUAAAGAUUAUUUAUUUGUGCCAUGCA